GUUGCACCUGCUUUUCCUCCUCCCUAGAUAAUUUCCAAACCAGAUAAUUAUCCCUCGGAACAAUAUAUUGUAAAUAUCUUUCGUUUACUGAUUUAAGCUCUGCUGUAAGCUGAAGGAACUCAUUCAGGUGUUGACAGUCCGACGAUCGCUAUCAUGCAUCUUCUGCCACUCAUGAUAUUUUUUCCUUCGCCGCUUAACUUGAUGCUUGCAACGCAGAACAGGGCUCUCUAUCGAUAUCCAACAGGCCAUAUGUCUUUUGGUAACUUUAAGUAUGAUCCCUUCUAUUAUCUGUGGGAAGAAAAACUGACAUCGUCCAUGGUAAAAGGUCAGUUUCCCUGCGUUUUCCUUUGUGUCAGUGAUCCAAAGUGUUAUUCGUUUAACAUGGCUGCUAAUCCUCACUCCAGUGGUCUUUAUCUUUGUGAGUUGUUGGUCACUGACAAGUACAGAGCAACAGGAAAGUUCUCUGCAAAUGCCACAUUCCAUCAUUUCAGUCCUUUGUCUCCAUGUGAAGGCGCUCGUUGUAAGAACGGUACUGUCUGUGUUCCUGAAUAUGUAUCGAACUCCUAUCGCUGUGAGUGUAAGCCUGGAUUCUGUGGGACUCAAUGCAAACAAGGAGGAGAUAAAACCUGCAGCCAGAUCAAACUUUGUAAUCUCCCAAGUGGCUCUUACGUCAUCGACCCUGACGGAGAGGGUGGGGCGAGACCUUUCAAAGUCUACUGUAACAUGACUGACAAGAACAGUGUUGGAGUGACAGUUGUCAGUCACGGCAGUGAAAGUAGGAUGAAGGUGAAAGGAUUUAGUGGGCGAGGCAGCUAUUCUCGCUCCAUCAACUAUGCGGAGGCUGAUAUGGCUCAGCUGGCGAGCCUAACAGCUUCAUCAGCUCAUCGUGAGCAGUUUAUAAAGUACGAGUGUUUAGGCUCAGUGCUCCUCAACAAUGGUGACAUGUACGGCUGGUGGGUGUCACGUGAUGGUGAGAAGAUGACGUAUUGGGGAGGAGUUGAUUCCGUUGAUUACAAAUGCGCAUGCGGCUUGAAUAAUUCGUGCGCAGACACUAAUUACGGAUGCAACUGUGACCUAGAAGACGGAACAUGGCGAGAAGACAGUGGCUUCCUUACAAACAAAUCCAAACUUCCCGUGAAACAAUUGAGGUUCGGGGAUGCCCGAUAUUAUUCUGAUAAAGGAUACCACACACUUGGAAAGCUCAGGUGUUUUGGACUCAUCUGAAACUCCUCUUUUUUUUUUUUU